CAACCCCUGUGCCUGUCUGUCAAAAUCUGUCCAAAGUUCGGCACAUCUGCACAACCCCUGUUAUCAAGGCAAGCAAUCCAAAAGCGGCUUAGCGCCUGAUCGGCGCGCUCCUCAGUUGGCACUCCUUGGGACGAGUUCUCUCUGGGCGGGUAAGCAAGCUACAUACAUCUUGGGACCGAGACUGUCCUUUGUUCGCGGCCGAAGAGCGCGCGCCCUGGGGUCUCUUUACGCGCUUGAGAGAGCGGGGGAAUGAAAAUCGGAGUUCCCCAUUUUGGGCGAAGCGCAUACUCCGCCGUAUUCCUGCCACUCAGCGGCCGGCGUGGUUGGCUCAUGGCUUCUCCGUUCUGCUUCGCUCGAGCAAAAUUGACGUUCAAGACUCAAGCAUUGAAUGUUGACCGAGUGGGACGGCAAGUGACAGGCGCAACAGGAGCUGGCCCGCGGGCAGGGUACCAGGGAGCACACCGAGACGAGCGUAUAUAUUCAUACCCCUCUCAUAGCAUACGCCUCGCCACUCAAAUCUCCUCCCUGAUAGGUCGGAGCUACUCCGCUCUGGCACCGAAGACAGGAGUAGGCUUCCCGGUCGGGGGCCACUCCGGUCAAGAGGUUCGGAGGGUCUUCACUUUCCUCCUGACAACAACGUACUGCCGUUGUUCAAGUUCUGGAAUGCCCACACAUCCAUUGUACAUCUCAUUGCGGAUCUUGAUGGAUGACGCCGCACCCGAGAGAAGGGAGCCUCGCCCUGAGCGAAGCCCGCAUGCAAACCGGCGGAACCAUACCACCAUUAGGUCCAAGUCCCCGUGUUGGGCGAGGUGGAGAGGUGGUGUAGUGGGGAGGAGGGGGAGGAAAUGGAGGUUAGCGGAAAGGUGAGACGUGGGCCGGGUUGCACUCGGGAAGAAUGGAUGGGACACUGAGGGAGAGUUGGAGGGGUUCUAUUUCUCUUUUCGUUUUCGUUCUAAACACG